AUGUCAUAUGUAGAGAAUGUCAAGAAUUUUAAGCAUCAAAGUUUGUCAGCAAAUACUAUUGUUGAGGUAGACAGUGGAGCAGAAAAUAAAAAUUUAAAGCAUUUGACUUUAUCCAUGAGUAAUUUCCCAGACUUUAGAGGUUAUCAAUUCGAUAGUGUUACAUUUACUUUUAGCAAUACAUUGAAUCCAUCAGAAGUAAUUACAAAUUUCCAAUAUUUAAAUGCUUCAAGUGCUCAAUUUACAUUUCCUUCAAACUAUCAAGUUCCUUUUUAUCUUCACUUAAACUCUUAUAUUAACUUUAUGAAUCACUAUAAUGGUAAGUUUCAAACACCAACUCAAUUCUACGAUAUAUCAAAUCUUGUCAAUUAUCAAUCUAUCAGUAUGGGUUUUGUUAGUGAGGAUUUCCUUUAUCAAAAUAAAAUUCCAUUUAAAGUUAGUCCAACCACAAAUCUUGCAUUUUCUUACCUAUCAGGUAAUUUACCAGAAUAUAAUGGACAAGGUUCAGAAUACAUUUAUGAUAAUAACCAAUUAACAGGUACUAUACCUGAAUCAUGGUGCGGCACAGUUUUAUCUGUUGCAAAUAAUCAAUUAUCAGGUACCAUUCCAUCAUGUUUUUCUUGUUAUUUUAAUAGUACUGCUUCAAUGCCAUCAUCAAUAUCUCAACCAACCAAUUUCCUCUUUAUAACCACAAUGUAUGAUAGAUUUGCAGGUAGUACUAAUAAAUUUACAAAUUAUGAUAAGAAUAUUCCAUGUACAACUUAUAAACCACAAGUUAAAUACCAUAAUCAAACAACCAUUAUAAUUAGUGGUAUUGAUAUUGGUCAUCAACUUAACCAUUAUUAUGUUAAUACAGCUAUUUUAGGUAAAGGACUGUGCAAAAGUGUUCCACAAGCAAUUAUUAGAUAUGGUUAUGAAUAUUAUUGUAAUCAAGAUUCUUUCUUAAAUAGUACAUCAAUCAUUUUAUACAAUAUGGGUAAUAAUUUACAUUAUACUUUUUCACUAGUCAGUAAUCCACCAACUUUUACAUCAAUUAUUACAACUGAAAAUAAAGUAUAUGCAAUUGGUACAUUCUUCUCAAGUUAUUUAGGUCAAUCAGAACAAACUAUAAAAAUUGCAGGCACAAAUUGUCAAGUAACUAACACUGGAUUCACCAACUUUACUUGCAUCACAUCAGUUACAUUAUCAUCAGAAAAACAACUAGUUGUAAUAAAGAAUGAUAAUCAAACUAAAAAAGUAUUUGCAGUUUUCGAAAACAAUAGACUCAAUAAUAAACAAUGUCCAAAUGAUUGUGUAGGCUCACAAUUUGGAGAUAUUUGCGAUUUAAGCACUGGUACUUGUGUAGGUUGUCCAAACGAUUGUAGUGGCCAUGGUACUUGUAACGAAUUAGAAGGCAAAUGUGAAUGUAAUCCAAACUAUAUAAAUUUCGAUUGUUCAGAACUAUACAUCGUAUGUCCAAACGAUUGCAGUUCACAUGGUAAUUGUGAUACCAAUACUGGAAAGUGUAGUUGUAAUACCAACUAUACUCAAGAUGAUUGUUCAGAAUUAUACAUCGAAUGUAAAGAUCCAACAUGUUCAUCUCAAGGUCAUUGUGAUACAUCAAAUGGUAUUUGUGAUUGUAAUAAUGGAUUUGGGGGUGACAAAUGUGAAUUCAGUCAACAUUAUAUUACAUCAGUUAACCCAUCAAAUGAAAAUGGUGGCGAAACAAGCUUCUAUGGUAGUUUCGGUGAACAACACAACCAAUUAUCAGUUAUAAUCGGAUCAAAAACAUGUCCAGUUACACACUCUUCAAAUGAAUUAAUUAAUUGCACAGCACCACCAGGUAAAGGUAUUCACAGUGUCAAUAUCACUCAAAACAAUAUUGUUUAUAUUGGUAAAGAUAUUUACAUUUAUUCAAAAGUACCACAAAACAUAUUCGAAUGUCCAAAGAACUGUUCAUCGCAUGGUAAAUGUAAUACAUCAAAUGGUAAAUGUGAAUGUUAUUUAGGAUAUACAUCAUUUGAUUGUGGAUCAAUGCUUGGAGGAGGAAAUAAAGAUAAUUCAACCACAACAACUGAACCACCAACAUCAAAUGUAGAUAACAGCACAGGUAUUGUAGAUUUUCAAAAUGAGAGAAUCAACUUUAAAAUCUUCCUCAAAUCAUUAAAUGAAAUAGAUAUUAAUAAUAAUAUUGUCAAGAGUUAUCCAUUAGUAUCAGAUUGGACAGUAAUCAAAACACAAUCAAACAUUUAUACAUUCGAACAAUCACCAAACCAAGACGAAUUCAAAGUUAUAUCAACCAUUGAACAAAUUGAAAACGAUAAAUCAGUUUCAUUUGCAGGAAUCGAUUUUUUACUCACCAACAACUCAAUUAAAUUCACAGUUUUAAUUAAAAACUAUAAAUACCAAUCAUUCUUAAACACACUUCAACUCGAAAUGGAAUCAAACACAACCGAAUUAACCAAUGAUGAUUGCAACAGUAAAGAAACUCAAUUAGACACUGAAAAUCUCAAAAAUCAAUAUGAUCUCAGUUAUAUUAAACUUUCAAAGAAUAAUAUCGAUUUUGUAGGUAGAUUCAUCAACAAAGUAGUAUCAGACUCGAAACCAACAUUUUUAACAACAUCAUACACCAAACUCAACGAUUCAGUAACUAUCACAUUACACUUACCACAUUGUGUCAAUGAAUGUUUAAUCGAUCCAGAUUUCUCUGCAUUAUUAUCAUCAAAUUUCUCAGAGUGCAAAUCACCAAAACAAAAUAUCAAAUGGAAGAUAGUGGUUGGUGUUGUUGUAGGUGUUGUUGGUGUGGCCUGUAUUUGUGCUUUUUUAUAUAGGAAACAUUUAUUUAGGUUAAAAAUCAAAGCAACAAAAGAAAUUGUAAUGAAAAAAUUUACAAAAUAUAUUUAA